AUGGAAGUCAAGAGGAACAAUGACAAAGCGGUCAGUGACUGUCCAGGUGAAGGCAGGCUGAAGCUGACCAUGAUGCCACGAAUACAGAAAAUCAUCAAGAGAACAAGUCUUCAUUUGCUGUUGGCCUGGACCAUGAUGACACCAGUUUCAAAAGGAUGGAACAGAGACCAGGAACAAGUCCUUAGGAAGAAAGAGAAGAUGAUGGAAACAGAUCCAGGACCAGACACCAUUCAUCCACCACAAGCCGGUGAGGAGGAGGAUUCAGGCCGCGGUCCAUCAGGAAGAGACAAACUAGAUCAUGGACUGAAGGAAGCCGUGGAGUGGCUGCAGGAUGACGUGCAGUUGGCCGGCCUCCUGCUUCCACAGAUCUCUGGUCAGUGUAACGUCCCAGCGCUGAUCGCAGCCUCCACAGAGAAGCUUCCAGUGAGACGGACCCGCUCAGACGGACCCGCUCAGACGGACCCUCUCAGACGGACCCGCUCAGACGGACCCUCUCAGACGGACCCGCUCAGACGGACCCGCUCAGACAGACCCGCUCAGACGGACCCGCUCAGACGGACCCGCUCAGACGUGUUAGAGCGCAGGAAUCCACCGGGCUUCUACGAGAACACACAGAUCAUGCUGGACAUGAGGUGGACAGACCUGUACCAUGCAGACCUGUACCAUACAGACCUGUACCAUACAGACCUGUACCAUGCAGACCUGCACCAUACAGACCUGUACCGUACAGACCUGCACCAUACAGACCUGUACCAUACAGACCCGUACCAUACAGACCCGUACCACGCAGACCCGUACCGCGCAGACCCGCACCGCGCAGACCCGCACCACGCAGACCCGCACCACGCAGACCCGUACCACACAGACCCGUACCAUGCAGACCUGUACCAUACAGAGUUUUUCUGUGAAGAUCUACGUUCCAGCUUAUAUUUUGUCAAUGCAUCUGUGCAAGAGGUAGUGUUUGCCAGCACCACAGGGACAUCGGUGCCCUGUCCCGCCGCAGGCGUGCCCCCUGUCUCACUGCGCUGGUACCUGGCCACCGGCGAGGAGAUCUAUGAUGUGCCAGGGAUUCGCCACGUGCACCCCAAUGGCACCCUUCAGAUCUUCCACAUCCCCCCUUCCAGCUUCAGCAAACUCAUCCACGACAACACCUACUAUUGCACAGCGGAGAACCCCUCAGGGAGAAUCAGGAGCCAGGAUGUCCACAUUAAGGCUGUCCUACGAGAGCCCUACACUGUCCGGGUGGAGGACCAAAAAGCUAUGAGAGGCAAUGUGGCGGUCUUCAAGUGCAUUAUCCCUGCCUCAGUGGAGGCCUACAUCACUGUUGUGUCCUGGGAGAAAGACACGAUGUCAAUCAACGCUGAAAUGUCACGGUUUCUCAUCACAUCCACGGGAGCCCUGUAUAUCCUGGAUGUGCAAAUGGAAGACGGGCUGUACAACUACAGGUGUAUGACACGCCAUCGGUACACAGGAGAGACCCGACAGAGCAAUAGCGCCCGCCUCAUUGUCUCAGAUCCCACCAACUCAGCGCCCCACAUCCUAGACAGCUUUGAGCGUCGUGAGGUGAUGGCGUCUCAUCGAGUGGAGCUGCCCUGCAAGGCCUCUGGUCACCCCGCGCCCAAAUACCGCUGGCUGAAGGACAACCGGCCGCUGGAGCCAGACACCCGCUUCAGACAGAGUGUGACGGGCCUGCUGAUAGAGCGCGCUCAGUCCAGCGACACGGGGACGUACGUGUGUGAGGUGUGGAACGGCUACGGCAACGCCGAGGUGGUUGGCAGGCUGCUGGUGAAAGAGCCCCUGAAAGUUGUGGUGAGUCCGCGGAAGGUGAAGGGCAGCGUGGGAAGCCAGGUUUCACUGUCCUGCAGUGUAACCGGCUCUGAGGAGUACCAGCUGUCCUGGUACCGCAACGGAGAGCUCAUCUACCCCAGCAACAGCGUCCGCAUGACAGGCCAGAACAGAGAGAACCUGGUCAUGGCUGGAAUGGCCAAGAGCGAUGGAGGAGCCUAUCAGUGCUUUGCUAGACAUGGCAAGAUGUCCGCCCAGGACUUUGUUCAAGUCAUCCUGGAAGAUGGAACCCCGAAGAUUCUGGCUUCAUUCAGCGAGAAGGUCUACAACAUCAACGAGUUUGUGUCGCUGUCGUGCACGGUGAAGGGAACGCCGGAGCCCCGCGUGACGUGGACUCUGGACGAUGAGCCCGUGGUACGGGACAGUCGCCACCGCAUCUCCCACUACACCAACACUGAAGGCCAUGUGGUCAGCCACCUCAACAUCAGCCAGACCCAGGUCCCCGACGGAGGAGUGUACCGCUGCAUUUGCAACAACUCGGCCGGGACCGUUUCCUACCAGGCGCGAAUAAACGUAAGAGGGCCUGCCAGCAUCAGACCAAUGAAAAACCUCACUGCCAUCGCUGGGCGGGACAUGUACAUCCACUGCCGUGUCAUUGGCUACCCCUACUACUCCAUCAAGUGGUACAAGGACUCCAAUCUGCUGCCGUACAACCACCGGCAGCGGGCCUUCGAGAACAACGGAACCCUGAAGCUGUUUGACGUGCAGAAGGAUGUGGAUGAAGGAGAAUACACGUGUAAUGUGCUGGUGCAGCCACAGCUGUCCACCCACCAGAGCGUCUACGUUACUGUGAAAGUCCCACCUACAAUUCACCCAUUUGAGUUUCCCCGGUUUUCAAUCGGCCAGCGAGUGUUUAUCCCCUGCGUGGUCAUGUCUGGCGACCAACCCGUUUUCAUCACCUGGCAGAAGGAUGGCCGGCCGAUUCCAGCCAGCCUGGGUGUCACCAUAGACAACAUCGACUUCACGAGCUCCCUGCGCAUCUCCAAUCUCACGCUGAUGCACAACGGCAACUACACCUGCAUCGCACGCAACCAAGCUGCUGCCGUGGAGCACCAGAGCCAGCUCAUCGUCCGAGUUCCUCCAAAAUUUGUGGUGCAACCUAAGGACCAGGACGGCAUCUAUGGGAAGGCAGUGAUACUGAACUGCUCAGCUGAAGGCUACCCUGUUCCCACCAUCCAGUGGGAGUACUCUAAAGGCGCCGGAGUCCCUCAGUUCAAACCCAUCGCCCUCAACUCAGGCUUUCGGAUCGAGGUGCUGGUCAAUGGCUCUCUGCUCAUCAAGCACGUGCUGGAAGAAGACAGCGGCUUCUACCUGUGUAGAGUCAGCAAUGACGUCGGGGCUGAUGUCAGCAAGUCCAUGUAUCUCAAUGUCAAAAUCCCUGCCAUGAUCACAUCGUACCCCAACACCACGUUAGCCACGCAGGGAGAGGAGAAGAAGAUGAGCUGCACAGCCCACGGUGAGAAACCCAUCAUGGUGCGCUGGGAGAAGGAGGAACGCAUCAUCAACCCCGAGACCAGCCGCUAUGUGGUUUCUGUCAAGGAGGUGGGCGAUGAAGUCAUCUCCACCCUGCAGAUCAUGCCCACAGUGAGGGAGGACUCUGGCUUCUUCUCCUGCCACGCCAUCAACUCUUUUGGUGAAGACAGAGGGAUCAUACAACUCACAGUUCAAGAGCCCCCGGACCCCCCAGAAGUGGAGAUCAGAGAAGUGAAGGACAGAACCAUUGCGCUGCGUUGGACGAUGGGUUUUGAUGGCAACAGCCCGAUCACAGGCUUUGAUAUUGAGAGCAAGAACAAAUCAGCCUCCUGGGAUACUGCUCAGAAGACCAAAGAUGUCUCACCUCAGCUCAACCAGGCCACCAUCAUCGACCUGCACCCCUCCUCCACCUACAACAUCCGCAUGUUCGCCAAGAACCUGAUCGGCAAGAGCGAGGCCAGCAACGAGCUGACCAUCACCACUGAUGAAGCAGCUCCUGACGGACCACCUCAGGACGUGCAGCUGGAAGCCCUCUCCUCUCAGAGCAUCAGGGUCUCGUGGAGGGCGCCCAAAAAGCACCUCCAGAACGGGGCCAUCAGAGGCUACCAGGUGGGCUACAGGGAGUACAGCUCUGGUGGGAACUACCAGUUCAGUGUGAUCAGCGUGGAGACCACAGGGGACAAUGCAGAAAGCCUGGUGCUGGACAACCUGAAGAAGUUCACCCAGUAUGGAGUGGUGGUGCAAGCCAGCAACAGCGCAGGGACAGGGCCGUCCUCCACAGAGGUGGCUGCUACCACGCUGGAGGACGUGCCCAGUCGUCCUCCAGAGAACGUUCAGGCCACAGCCACAUCUCCAGAGGUCAUCUCUCUGUCCUGGCUGACCCCUCCCAAAGACGCUCUGAACGGCAACCUGCUGGGCUUCAGAGUCAUCUACUGGGCCAACCUGCCCGAUGGAGAGCUGGGAGAGAUCAGAAACGUGACGACCUCUAAGCCCUCUCUGGAGCUGGACGGACUGGAGAAGUACACCAACUACAGCAUCCAGGUGCUGGCCUUCACUAGAGCUGGAGACGGAGUCCGCAGUGAACAGAUUUACACCCGUACCAAGGAGGACGUUCCUGGUCCUCCAGCGGGCGUGAAGGCAGCAGCUGCAUCCAAUUCAGUGGUGUUUGUAUCCUGGCUUCCUCCCCUCAAAGUGAACGGCAUCAUCAGGAAAUACACCGUCUUCUGCUCCAACCCACACCCCACGGUGAGCAGUGAGUUUGAGGCGGCGCCGGACGUGUUCUUCUACCGGAUCCCCAACCUGAGCAGGAACCGGCAGUACAGCAUCUGGGUGGUGGCUGUCACAGCAGCAGGUCGUGGAAACGCCAGCGAGAUCAUCACUGUCAAACCCAUGGCUGAGGCUCCGGCUCGGAUCCUGACCUUCAACCGCACCGUAACAACCCCCUGGAUGAGGGACAUUGUGCUGCCUUGUAAGGCGGUGGGCGACCCCUCCCCAACCAUCAAGUGGCUGAAGGAGAUCAAUGGAACCCCAGCACCUGUUGUGAUCGACAGCCGACGCAGCGUCCACGGUAACGGCAGCCUCGUCAUCCGCACCGUGAAAGCAGAGGAUUCUGGGAACUACACUUGUGUGGCCAGCAACAGCUUUGGGUCAGACAAGAUCGUCCUCAACCUGCAAGUCCAAGUUCCACCUGACCAGCCUCGCCUCACCGUGACCAAGACGACCACCACCUCCAUCACCCUCUCCUGGAUCCCAGGAGACAACGGCGGCAGCUCCAUCAGAGGCUACAUUCUGCAGUACUCUGAGGACAACAGUGAGCAGUGGGGUAAUUUUGCCAUCAGUCCCAGUGAGCGCUCUUACCGGCUGGAGAACCUCAAGUGUGGCACCUGGUACAAGUUCACCCUCACCGCCCAGAAUGCAGUGGGUCCUGGACGCAUCAGCGAGAUCAUUGAAGCAAAGACUCAUGGGAAAGAACCUCAGUAUUCUAAAGAACAGGAGCUCUUCACGAGCAUCAACGCCACUCGGGUCAAGCUCAAUCUGAACGGCUGGAACAACGGCGGAUGUCCGAUCACCUCGUUCACGCUGGAGUACCGACCCGUAGACUCGCCCACGUGGACGACGGCACAGCGCACCUCCCUCACCAAGAGCUACAUCCUGUACGACCUGCAGGAGGCCACCUGGUACGAGCUGCAGAUGAAGGUCUACAACAGCGCCGGCUACGCUGAGAAGAGAGUCAAGUUUGCAACGCUCAGCUACGAUGGCAGUACCAUCGCCCCGUUGGUGAAGGCACCCAACGUGAGUGAGGACAACUCUGGAGGCGGCGAAGGUCUGAAGAUGAUGGUGACCAUUUCCUGUGUGUUGGUUGGCAUCGUGGUGAUCUUCAUCGGGCUGCUGGUGCUGAGGAGGAGGAGGAGGGAGCAGAGGCUGAAGAGGCUCCGAGAUGCAAAAAGCUUAGCUGAGAUGCUCAUGAGUAAAAACACGCGUCCAGCAGAGCCGAUUAACAAACAGCAGCAGACGCUCCGCAUGCACAUCGACAUCCCCCGAGCUCAGCUUCUCAUCGAGGAGCGAGACACCAUGGAGACUGUUGACGACAGGUCCACUGUGUUACUGACUGACAAUGACUUCGGGGAGACGCAGAAACAGAAGUCAUCCACAGUCACCCACACUGUCCACUACCAGUCGCUCUCCCAGGCCACCGGCCCACUGGUGGAUGUGUCUGACGCCAGACCAGGAACCAACCCGACCGCCCGCCGCACAGCCAAAGCCGGCCCGGCUGCUCGCAACCGCUACGCCAGCCAGUGGACCCUGAACCGCCCCCACCCUCCCGUCUCCUCCCACACACUCAGCACCGACUGGAGGCUGCCCACGCCCAGAGUGGCCGGCUCUGUUGACAAGGAGAGCGACAGCUACAGCGUCAGCCCAUCUCAGGACACAGACCGUGCACGGAGCAGCAUGGUGUCAACAGAGAGCGCCUCCUCCACCUACGAGGAGCUCGCCAGAGCCUACGAGCACGCCAAGAUGGAGGAGCAGUUGCGCCACGCCAAAUUCACCAUCACCGAAUGCUUCAUCUCUGACACUUCCUCAGAGCAGAUGACAGCGGGCACCAACGACUACACCGACAGCCUGACCUCCAGCACACCGUCCGAAUCGGGCAUCUGCCGCUUCACUGCUUCCCCGCCUAAGCCUCAGGACGUCAGCCGGGUCAUGAACAUGGCCGUGCCCAAGGCCCACAGACCGGGGGGCGAGUUGGUUCACCUUCCUCCGUACCUGCGCAUGGACUUCCUGUUGAACCGAGGCAUGUCCUGCUCGGGGUCGUCCAGGGGGACAGCAAGUGGGGAGAGGGCGGCCAUGGGUCAGGCCUGUCUGGAGCCCCAGAAGAGUCGCUCUCUUAAGCGGCCCUCUCGCAUGGCGCCUCCAACGCCCACAGAGGCCCCUCAGGCCAGCAGGGACCCAGUGGCCCAGUGGCAGCCCGGCUCUGCAGCCACACUCCCCCACAGAGAGGGCUCCGAGCUGGCCCAGGCCGCCAAGCUCAGCACCUCCCAGGAGUCCCUGCUGGACUCGAGAGGACAUCUCAAACAGAGCAGCAACCCCUACGCAAAGUCCUACACGCUGGUAUAA